AUUAACACGGGUGCCAAAGAUCAGCCCCUAGAAGCCUUAAGAAGCGGGUUUCUUAUAGUGGUAUCAUAGCCCGGUUGCAGGCAUCCGUACCAAAGCUAUGGCAAGCUUCGAACUCUCGCUCAGAGAACUCACAAAGGAGUUGAAGCUGAAGCUCGAAAUGGCAACAAUGGAUGAGUUGAUGGCGGCAAAUCUUGCGCCCACAGGAGAUACGCCAGCGCCACCACUAACCAUUGCUAUAAAGAUCGAGAAGAAGCUGCCCAUUAUGACUGUCACCAUCGCCCCCAGCAUUGUUGAUACCAUCAAACGUCACCAGCCGAAUUGUGAGAGACGAUCGAGCAAACCCUUGCUCUGCAUCGAACCGCCGUCGCUAAGAACACCGACGUCAAAGGAGCAAAUGAUUUUGCGACAAAUAGGGUAGUAGCUGUUGGAUGAAUAGCUUUGAAAAGAUAUAAAUGAAAUUUAUAAUUAAUU